AUGGCUAGCAAGAAUCCCACCCCCUUGCUGGCUCCUCCCAAGAAGCCCACCUCUUUGCUGGCACGCUACCGCCAAUUGUCGGCAUCAGCAGCCGUCUUCGUGUCUCCUCUCUGCCUGGGUAACAUGACCUUCGGAACCCAAUAUGCGGCAGUGCUUGGGGAAUGCUCGAAAGAGACGGCCUUCGAAAUGCUUGACCACUUCGUCGACCAGGGUGGCAACUUCAUCGACACCGCCAACUCAUACCAUGCUGGCCAGACGGAGACUUGGCUCGGUGAAUGGAUGACAGCGCGGGGAAUUCGCGAUCAGAUUGUGCUCGCCACCAAAUAUACCGGCCCACAUCGAACCACGGACCCCGACAUCAAGAUUCGGGUCAACUAUGGCGGCAAUGGCAUAAAAUCUCUCCGCCUGACCUUGGAGGACUCGCUGAAGAGACUGCAAACCGACUACAUCGACAUCCUCUACCUCCACUGGUGGAACUUCACGGCCACCAUUCCAGAGGUGAUGCAUGGUCUCAACGAUCUCGUGGUCUCGGGCAAGGUCCUCUAUCUUGGUAUCUCCGACAGUCCCGCCUGGCUGGUGGCCAAAGCCAACCAGUACGCCCGUGACCACGGCUUGCGUCCGUUUGUGGUCUACCAAGGCAUGUGGAACGCAGCCAUGCGUGACAUGGAGCGCGAGAUCGUCCCCAUGUGCCGUGACGAGGGGAUGGGGAUCACCGCUUACUCGGUCCUCAACUCGGGAAGAUUUCAGACGGAGGCGUCUUUCCAAGAACGUGAGGAAACCAAAACAGGCCGCCAGCAGUUUGCUGUGACGGCUCGAGACAAGCAGGUGUCCAAGGUGUUGGAGUCCAUAGCGGUGGCCAAAGACACAACCAUCACCAAUGUGGCACUGGCAUACAUCUUGCACAAAGAGCCCUAUGUGUUUCCCGUCGUCGGCGGCAGGAAGAUCAGCCACAUUGAAGGCAACAUUGAAGGCUUAUCCACGAGUCUGACCACGGAGGAAAUCGACAAACUCGACAGGGCCUAUGACUUUGACCCGGGAUUCCCGUCUACCUUUUUGAGUGGCACAGUUGUGAAUCUGGGGACACCGCAGAAGGCGGCUUCCCGCGCGAGCGAAGUCCGAUGGACGACGUUCCAAGGGACCAUCGACUGGGUGGAGGGCCCCAAACCCAUCAGAUCUCCUCCUUCGUAG